AUGCCAGAGAUUGAGUACAGAGAAGAUAAAUCUGCCUCUGAAAAUGCUAAAGCCCUGAAACACGUGUUUAAGUCCAGGAUGAAGUCAAUGAAAGAAGAAAAGUGGAAAAACAAAGCAUUGCAUGGCCAGUAUCCAAAGAUCCUAGAGAAGCCUCAUGUAGACACAGUCACCACCAACAAAUGGUUGUGAAGUAUUUUGAAAGGAGAAACAGAGGGACUACUUGUUGCAGCUCAAGACCAGGCAAUAAACACCAGAAACUACCAGAAAGUAAUAUGUGGCCAGCAAGUGGAGAGCAAAUGCAGAUUGUGUUCGCAACAUGAAGAGACAGUGGACCAUAUGUGACCCUCCACAGGAAUUUGAUGCUAAAGGUGAAAGCACGCGCACGACACGCUUGCACGACACGCUUAGCGUGCCGUAGAUCACGGAUAUGCGCAUAUUAAAUUGAAAAAACAAAGACGGACACACAAGCCUUUGUUUUGGCAAAUUUAACACGCUAGACCUUUUGUUUUUUUGUAGCGUGCCAUAUGUCACGGUAAGUGUGCGAAUUAUAGCACGGUUAGCGUGCAAUUUGGGUAACACACGCUGAAGACGCUUGAUUACUAAAACCGCUAAGAUGAUAAAAAUGGCUUGGGUUUUCAGCGGAUUUAAUAAGCAUUGAUAACUGGUCGAAGUGAAUCAAAUAUACCAAUUGAGACUGUUUUGGAAUUUGAUAGUAACCGUGGCCAUUUGAAAAUCACGACUUAAUGGUGGUCUAGCCUGGAAUUAACGCGAGAUCAGUGUAAACCAAUUCCUCCGGCUGUCGGCUGUUGACCGGAAUCGCAAAGAGGCCUGCUAUCGCAUGCGAGGCACUGAAGUUAUGUCGCCUGAAAAUUAUAGUUAUGCCACCGGAAUAUUUAUUAGCAGUAAUGCACAGAGAAAUGAAGUUGAAUAAAUUAGUUUAAUAUAUUUCUUUAAGCCAUGCUAAGACGAACGAAGGUAAUUAAAUCGGAGAAACAAAAACUGCCUAGAAUUUUCUAUAGGUUGAGGAAGGCUAAACAUUUCUAGAUGACCGUUCCAUGCAUGUACAAUUUUCGAAGGUUAUCUAAUAAAUUCCUUACGAUUUUCUGAAGUUUAUUUUUUUCCAUUUCAUUCCCCAGUUAAGCUAUUUUUCGUAGAGAAUUAAGGAAUCCUAAAAUUUUCGGAACCGAAAUACGAUAAAAUUCUCACUUUCCUAAAACUUUCAAUUGGAAGCUAAAUUUUUCGGGAAAAUAAUGCUGAAGCCCUGGAAAGAACUUUAAUUUUGCAAUGCUAAUAUAGUUCUACCCAUAAAUCCAGUAGGUCACACCGUUCACUGUUUAUACUUUUCAAGUGACAACGUUUUUUCAAUCAGAUACUAUCGCUACGAUCGCUGAGGUAUAACUUUUUCUUUCUCGAUAGUUACUAAAAAAGGGUGCCGUUCAUAAUCAUUUACGGUUCCUUUUUGUAGAGGAAAUUUAUAUAGCUUUUGCGCACACUGAAAGCGUGUUGUGCUUUUUCGCACGGAGCUUUUGUAUGAAAACUUUAACACGCUCUUUUGUUCGACUUGCUCACGCUUAAUUGUCUCAAGUGUAUCCUCUGAAACAAAAGAAAUUGCUAAUGAGGCAAGAUUGCAAGCGUGCUAAAGCAUGUUAAAAUAAAUUCUUUUGUUUUAAAGUGAAAGCGUGUCGUGCGCGUGCUUUCACCUUUAGCAUUAAAAUCCUGUGGAGGGUCACAUAUUGUAUCUGGAUGUGAGGUAUUAGCCAAAACAAAGUACAUCUCCAGGCACAAUAAUGCUGCAGCAUAUCUCCAUCGGAGCAUAUGUAAAGAUCAUGAUAUAGAGAUUACAGACAAAUGGUACGAACACGAACCAGAGACCGUGAUACACAAUAAAGAUAACAACAUCACCAUCAUGUGGGACAUGCCAGUCAAUACUGAUAGAACUAUAACAGCGAACAGACCAGAUAUCAUCGUUAAAGAUUCAGUGAAUUCCACCUGCAAACUUACUGAUAUGACUGUUCCAUCAGAUAGAAACAUCGCACUGAAGGAAACUGAAAAAAAAUGCAAGUACAAAGUCCUAGAACUAGAAAUACAGAGAAUGCGGCAUAUGAAAACAGUAGUGAUCCCUGUGGUUGUUGGUGCGCUUGGUACAGUGAAGAAGGGUAUGGUAGAAAACAUCAAGAAAGUAUCAGAAAGAGCUAAUAUGACAGAGAUUCAAAAGAUCUGCAUGCUGGGAUCUGCACGAAUCCUCAGAAAGGUGCUCAGUGUAUGA